ACGCACAACUCUUCCGUCCGACCGCUCAGUGUAACCACGACACUUGACGAGAACUAACUUGGGACCUCGAACUCACGGAGCAGUGAAUUGUGAACUUAAACGAACUUUAUGAACUUUUUUGUGCUAUUGUGCUUGUGGUUUUUUUAUAAUUUUUUAUUUAUACUGAAGGGCAAAGACAUCGCCGCUUGCUGUUUGGUACCAAAUUAUUUGCAGUCAAACAAAGCCGUAAUCAAACCGUAUCCCGCUCCCGCUAUCGUUUCUCCGCAAAUUGUACAACAGUCGCGCAGCAUGCGACCAAAUUUGAAGACCUAUUUGUUCUGAACAUAUUCAAACAUUCCAACCAGCAAAAAUGGAUCACAAACUAAUCGUCAUUUUGGCGAUCUCCGUUCAUUUGUGUAGUGUAAUUUCCGCCGAAGGUCCUGUGUAUGAUGGCGGUAAACCAGCGCCCGCUCCUUCGGUCCCGGCUGGCAACUUCAUCACGCAAACCGUGUAUGGCUUCCUCGACUUCACCACGACAAUUGGCAAUACGGUCAUGGUCUUCUCGCCCCAGUCAGCACCGCCACCAGAACCACCGAAGACGGAAACUUCUGUACAGGAAAACAUUAUUGAAACCAAGCCUCCACCAGUUACCAAUGUGAAACCAGAAGCUAUUAACCCCAGCAAACUUUCCGACAACAAAGACAAAAAGAAUAAACCUUCUGCUCCCGUCGUUGCAUCCAGCUCAGUAUCAGUCAUCGCCUCAUCGCCUAAAAAAGAUGAUAAAUUGGCCAACACACCUAAGUCAAAUGAAGCUAAACAAAUAAUUACAAAAGUUGAAGUCGUGGCAGGUCCAUCGAAAAUCGUAGAAAGCUCUCCCAAACAAUCGUCACAAAAAGCAAACAAACAAAAUUCACAAUCUAGCAAUAAAAAAAAGAGCGAAGUUAAAAAUAUAGUUAGUAGCAAAGUAGAGAUUAAAGAAGGCCCCCUUCCGUCAAUAAUAAAUUCCAAAAUAGAAAUAAAAUCGAGCCAAGCAGAGGAAGAACCAGCAAUCUUGGUUACAAAUAAUAACAUUGGAGAACCGGAAUACGACUUCCUAUCACGUCAACCGUCCGAGUUCGUUGAAGAAACAUAUAAGGUUAUAAAUAUUAGGCCAUCAAAAGCUCAUGGUCAAAAGCCGAAACAUAAGAACAGAGUACAGCCGCCGCCACCACCCGAUGAUGAUGAUGAACAUCCUCUUGGCCUCGUUACAACACUAGGAGGUACGGUAGUUAAAGACGGACUCACGACAGUACACGAGACCAGUGUUAUUGGUACUUACAUUUCUGGUAAAUACGCACAAGUUUUAAAUAGUAAUUCAAGGGUACUUCAACCCUCAGGUCUAAGAGCCAAGAUAUCACCCAGCCCACCACACAGAAUACUUAAAACGGCGUCCCCCUCCAUACCUAAAAGUCAUAGGUACAAUUUGGAACCAACGCCAUCAAUUGGUGAUGAUGACAACUUCAGCAAAACCACACGAAGACAAUCAAACAGCGGCAGCUCCUAUAAAAAUCGUCACAGAUCUCAGAUCAAUGCCGACAACGACGCCCAUGAAAAUGCUCCCCAGACUAAAAAGUUCAAAAACCGGAACAGCUCUUCUCAACGUACACAAAGCCCACGUUUUGGCCGUCCUGCACAACCUCAAUUGGCAACCGUCUCUGUUUUCAGUGAAUCUUCAGUACCAGCCUUUUCAAACAGAAGGAAAAGCAAUCGUAACAAGAACACCAUCACACCAUCAAGUAAUAAUGACAGCCAAUCAAGGCGAGGUUUUAAACCACGUGUCCAACCAACUCCUGUUGAACAAGUGACCGGAUCGACUAGUAUCUACAAAUUCAAACUUAACCGUGCUCCUGGCUCCGGUCGCUGGCAAUAUAAAACUAGUCCGAAACCUAAGGUAACCAUUCGAAAAAUGAAAGAUGACGACGAGCAGCAAACGACUCCUAACCCGAUCCUCGAUGAUGCACAAUCAAAUGAACUUUCUCCUCAAGCGAGAUCCGAUAAUGACCUCGAAUUGUCAGGCUCGCAAAGUGGCCCUGGUACGCUGUUAGACAAUGAUACCGAUGACAAUUCUAUUGAGAAACCACCUCCAGUGGAAACAUUGAAGGUUGAAAUCUCUACACCAGCUGACUUCAAAGAUGUUUACUACGAAAUUGCUACAAUUAAGUCUCCAUACACUUUUCAGGUUGGGCGCGUGAAAAAUACUCGUAUCAUCACAGUAACGUCGACUAUAAAAAAACGUAUUGAACCAACUUUGGUUCCAAGUGCGCAAAGUUCUCUCAACGAACCGUUGACAGAAAAUAUAUUAGCGACCGCAUCUCCUUACGGAAAAGACCAUAACUUAGAUUCAAGUAUAGCAACUUUACCACCCAUCACAUUAUCAUCAGACAUGGAAACUCCACCACUGGAGACCGUAACAGAAACAUUUAGUACAACUCAAAACAUGUUAAAAACUCAUAUCCUCCCGGUUGUAAGAGAUGUGAACAUAACUAGCAGCUUAACAUUUAUACAAACAUAUCAAAUCACUAGAUUUGUAACCGCAACAAAAACUCUACCACCAAUGGACUUUUUCCAAUUUAUACCGAGCAAGACUCUCAAAGAAUUUAAUAGCCGACUGGAUGAAGCUGGUUCGGAACUGCAUUUGGAAUUAGAUUUUGGCGACAGUAACGAAGAUGAAGACGGAGUUCUGCGACGAGUAUUCCCACCUGACUUAGAUCUCGCCAACAUUGGCUCCGAUUUUGAUCUUACUGAAGUGGAUAAGUAUAGAAUGCCCGAAAACCAUUUGAGGCUAAAGAAAGCGCAUGGCCAAAGCAAAUCCAAUCAAGUCACUGAACCACCAUCUGCAGUAACCCCGGCUCUGACACCUGAACAAGCACAACAGCUCGCUCUCCUAAGGCUUCUAAACCCAGCGGCGGCUGCUCAAAUUCCUGACGUUGUCACUACUUCCAAACCAAUUCUGGUAUACGAAACCAUUUACGAAUCACACGUCAUACCUUUCUUCAAUGGCAAGAGCACGGUUAGCAGCACUAUUUCACGACCCAUUGCUACUGUGACUAAAACUGAGUACGAAAUUGGAACAAGUAGCCUUCCAGCUCUGCCACUGCAACCAAUCAACCCCCUAUUCCCACAGCAACAGUACACAGUAACUUCGACGCCAGUUGUCAUAAACACCGAAGUUGUAGCCACCGAUAGCCAAGUUCUAAAAUUGAAUUUCGGGGCAAAGACGGUGUACACUACAUUGUUCACAACUAAACUAGUACCGACUGUGCUGACAUCUUACGUGACAUCGUCAAUUCUUAUACAGCCGAGCGCUGGAUUCCCUGGAUAUUUCCCUGCAGCGCCGUUCGCACCGUUCCCCUACGUAGGUUAGAAUAUAUUAGCGAAAUUGCGCGCAGGUGAAGUGCGUAGAACGCAAGUGUAUGUGAUAAUGGUAACGCUCAAGUUUUGCUGCAGAAACAAAACUUUAAAUCGAAAAUGUGUUGGUGCCGUUCCCGCGAGAAACUAUGCAGCGAGUGAGUGAGCAGUGAACAGUGCAAAAGCAGCAGAAUGUUGGGAUUUAUAGCCUUUGUGGGAGAACACGAAAACUCUAAAGUUGUAUAUUCUUCUAUAAAGUUUUAAAACUCGAAGCGGCCAUGCGUGUACCCCCGGAGAAGUGGUAUUUUGAAAUGAUAAAUCUACUUUAUGUUUUAGGUACAUAUGCAUAUUUUAACAUGUCGCACUGCUUACAAUACUGUUUUAACUCAAAAUAUGCUAAAUUCAAGAUUAUACUAUUGCUGAACGUAAAAAAUGAUUCUCUACACAUCAAUAAAAUCGUCGUUAGAAUAUUGUAAGAAACAAUCAAAAGAUGUAUAUUUAAUUUAAACUAAGAC